AAUACAUGAAAUAUUUUUAUACAUACAUCAUAUAUACACACAUAGAAUGGUAUUAUAUCAACCACUACUGUCACAAAUACUAAUCUAUCUCCCUUACACAACUCUGGAAUCUCAUAGACCUGUCCCUGAAGGUGUGGGAGCAAGGAGAUAAAACUGUCAUCUUGAGUCAGAAUCAGGUGAAGAUGAUGCUGAACUGGGAUGUGGUGCAUGAAUCUGAGGACUCAGGUCCUUCUGUGGUGGGCCUCAUCUCCACUCCAGGGAUGGGCAAGUUGCUGGCGGAGGCCCCUCUGGUCCUGGAGCCUGAGAAACAGGCAGUUCUGCAUGGGGCACACAAGGGCGUGUUGCCAGAAGUCUCCUCUGUCCUGCUCUCAGAUGUCAUCUCUGCCUUUAUGAGCAACAAGGACACCCAGAACCUCAGCUCCCCCAUCACCUUCAUCUUCUCUCACCAUUCAGUGACCCCUGGGCCAAGGCAAAAGGUGUUCUGCGUCUUCUGGGAGCACAGUCUGGAUGGAUAUGGUCAUUGGUCCACCACAGGAUGCAGGAUGGUGACCACUGAAGACACCAGCACCACCUGCCAGUGCACCCAUCUCAGCAGCUUUGCUGUCCUCAUGGCCCACUAUGAUGUGCAGGAGAAGGAUCCCGGGCUGGCUGUGAUCACAUACCUGGGGCUGGGCCUCUCUCUGCUCUGCCUCCUCCUGGCAUCCCUCACCUUCCUGCUGUGCAAAACCAUCCAGAACACCA